AUGAAAACGGAUUACGCGAUGGAUGAGAUGCAGAAGAGGACCAGCUCCAUCAUCGGCGUGGCCGACAUUACAGAGAACAAGCUCCUAUGGCGACAACUGGUUGCGGAGCUGGCUGGCACAUUCCUCCUCACCUCCAUCGGUGUCGCCGCUUGCAUCGGCAUAACGGCCUCUAGUGCUCCGGUUACAGUCAGCAUUGCGUUGACUUUCGGUCUUCUGGUCGCAUCUAUUGUGCAGACAAUCGCUCAUGUAUCCGGUGGUCACAUCAACCCAGCCGUAACAGCCGGACUCUUCGUCGCAGGUGACAUCAAGCUGCUGAAAGCGGUGUGCUAUGUUAUCGUCCAAAUGGUCGGUGGUGUCGCUGGAGCUGCUUUCAUAAGGUUGGGGGUGCCCGAGAACAAAGUGGGAGGCUUUGGAAUGACAUUGCCGCAGGCGGGAGUCACCGAGGCACAGGCCGUUCUCGUCGAAUCUCUGAUCACGUUCGUGUUAGUACUGGUGGUACUAGGAGUAUGCGAUGGACGCCGCAAUGAUCUCAAGGGAUCCGCUCCCCUCGCCAUCGGUCUCAGCAUCACCGCCUGCCAUUGCGCUUGUGUACCGUUCACUGGCGCCAGCAUGAACCCUGCUCGUUCAUUCGGACCAGCUCUCGUUAUGGGCAUUUGGACCGCACAAUGGGUAUACUGGGUUGGUCCCGUGGUCGGAGGCGUCAUUGCCGGUCUCCUCUACAAGUUCGUCUUCCGCAUCGGCAAGACCGGUGACAGCGGCUCUUACGAUUUUUAA